GGCUGGGGGGGUUGUCGACGUCGGUGGCGCUGCUGGUGUCACCCCUCACCAUCGCUGUGUGUCGGAGGAACUCUACCAGGCUGACGGCGGUGUUAGGGGGCCUCAUCACCGCCCUAGGCUGUCUCUUCACCUCCUUCGCCAGCCAGUUCCACCAGCUCUUCUUCAGCUACGGGACUGUCAUAGGUAUUGGGGUGGGCAUGACUCGGGACUCCUCGACGCUGAUGGUGGGUCAGUACUUCAAGAGGCGGCGAGAGUUCGUGGAGAUCAUCGUGGUGAGCGGUAGUGGCCUGGGCAUUACUGUUAUGUCUGUAUUCAUCCGAGGAGCAAUAGGCUCCAUCGGGUGGCGUCUGGGGCUACAGGCGGUGACCGGAGUGAUCUUCCUCACCUUCCUGAUGGGGACAUUCUACCGCUCGGCGUCCCUCUACCACCCUCAGCGCCGGGCCAUCCUCCACCUCAAGAACCAGAAGAGGAAGGUAAAGGAGAAGAACAGGCCGGACGACAAGCCGCCCUUCUUCGACGUGGCCACCCUCAAGAGCCGCACAGUCCAGAUCCUCCUUGUGUCCAUCGGCCUAUCGUCCUUCGGCAUCACCACGCCAAUAAUAUACCUGGCACACCAGGCGGAGGAGGAAGGGCUUGGAGAGGUGUCAGUACUCCUGCUGCAGACGUACUUGGGGCUAGGCUGGGUGAUAGGGUGCUGCGCCUUCGGGUUCGUGGUGCUGCAGAAGAACACAGAAUGCAGGGUAGGGCGCCAAUACCUGUGUCAAGCUUCCAUGUUCCUUUGUGGGAUAUCUACCUUGGCUUUCACCGCUGUCGAAGCAGGUUACCACGGCUAUGUGCUCUUUGCAUGGCUGUACGGCAUCUUCUGCGGGGGGUUCCACUACUCCCUCAAGAUGUACACCUACGAGAAGGUCCGCGCCAGGAACUUCGCCAGGACGUGGGGUUUUGUCCAGUGCUCUCAGGCCAUCCCCACGGCUAUUGGCGUCCCCAUAACAGGUUACAUCAACAUCGGUUAUGGAGACAAGGCAGGCUACUACUUCUCCUCCACCUUCGUCAUCUUUGGCUCCAUGACCAUAUUCCUUAUAGACAUACAUAGGAGGAACGCUGCCAAGCACAAACACUCACGCAAAUCUGGCGGUAGCAACACCUGUGUUAAAGAGACGUGUCCAGAGAGCCGGAGGCGGGACUCCUUGGCCCAACUGACCCGUGAACCACUCAAAGCACACACUUCGUCCCUCGCACUCCUUCACCAGCGAUCCAUUGCCUUUGAAACUCCAGAGGCAAGGAACAAACCUGAACUCACAUGUAUUUCUGAAGAAGGCAUAGCAGACAUGGAUAUCCCUGAUCACCUUUUAGAGGAUCUGGAAUACCUCGGGGAUUGUAUUACUUCAUGUGACAAAGUUGAGAACUAUCUCUUGAUGAGUGAAUAUGAAAACAAUCUAGUAAAAACAAAUGAAAUACCUUAUAUCUUAGAUAGACGAGGGAGAAAACGUCUCAUGUCCAUAACGAAGCAGUCGUCUUCAUUUAAUUGUAAGGACUCUCCCAAAAAAAUAGAUAAACCCCCAGAUAAAGGAGGUGCCGCCUCUUCCUCCUCUUCGUCGUCUUCCACCCAUGAGGCUCCCAGUGCAAGCAACCAGAGAGCACAAAUUAAAUCGGGCAACCACCGCAGUAUUACAGUGAUUGAGGAAGCGUCGGUAUGAGGGUGGAAUGAGAUGGUUCAUUUUACCUCACAGUCAGCAAGUCGCCAUCUUGGCACUUGUUUUGUGACUUGUAAUUGUUUUCACCAUUGGCAUUUAUUUUAGUAAGCUAUUGUUUACUAUGUAGUAUGGUGGAAAUGUGUUGAAAAUGCAAAACUCUUUGCAAUAGACAUAGUUAGCAUUUUUGCAGAAAAAACUAUAGUCCUCCUAAAGUGAAAAAAAACAAACAAUCAUUUUAUGACAGUCUGAGAGAUGAGUCCUUAGUAUGAAAGAAGAUAUUUGGAUGUAUAGCUAAAGAAUAAUACUCUAAUAACAUUCAGUGUGACCAGUAGAAAUUAUGCAUAUUACAGUACAGUAUAUACAGCAUACAGCACUGUAAAUGUGUCCUUUACCUUUGAAAUUUCUCUCUUCAUUAGAAUGCCACAUUUGUCCAGGAGUAGUAUUUCAACAGAAAGUUGUUUCUGGUUACCAAAAAUGUUAUAUUGUUACCAAGAACUUGUAUUCUAGUUUUGAAGAAGUUAACAACCACUAUCCACAA